UAAUUGUUGAAAAACGAAACUAGUACAUAUAAAAAAUUGUAUGUACAUUUAUUUUACAAAGCUACUGUAACAUAAAUUUAUACAGCUCUUAUCACUUCACUCGUCUGAACAUUAAUGCGAAAAAAUUAACUGAAGUUUACCCUGUUGUUUCGUUCAACAUAACCUCAAAUUUUCGAGAAACAUGUUAUUCGUUGUACAGUACCAUUGAAACUUUUCAAAGACAGAUUAUGUCUCGUGAUCCUGGGAUAAUAUGUUUCCGACAUUGCUGCAGCAAAACUAUAUUUUGCAAAAGUGUCCCAGAGAUAUGCCCAAUUUGUAGAUCAUGUAUUGCAAAUUAUAAUGUAGAACCGUUCCUUAUUCCCUACCCGUAUACAAAUGCAGUAUACCAGCCAGCUUCUAUAAUUGUUAGACCAUCCCAAGGCAAUUUCUUAAACGAGUACUCUAUUCUGGAUGAUUUGCACAUAGGAAUAACAAAUUCCAAAGGAAUGACUUUCGAGUACGAUAAACAAGGUGUAAUAAUAAAUGAUCGUUCCAAAUGGACAGAUUGCAUUGCAUUAAAGAUAACUCCUACAUCUUGGGAUAACCACUGGGACGAAACAUUGCAAGAAUUAUUAAAAGAUAUUAAAUGGAAGUCUGACAAUUAUGACAAAGCUACGAUGAAUUGUUUUAAUUUUGUCAUAGAGUUUAUAAAUAACUUGAAAUAUAUGAAUGCAAUGUUUACAAGUAAAGAGAAUAUAUGCGACAAACUGUUACUGUCAAAGAUUCAAGAAGCUGUUAAAUACAAUUCUAUAUUUAAAAACUUAAAAAAUAAUGAUUAUUUCAUUACAUAG